AUCACCUUCACUUGUGCAUCACUGAAGAAAUUCAUUGUGAUCAUUCUUGUUGGUCAACAAUGUCAAACAAAAGAGCUGCAUCGCCUGAAAGGGCAAGCAAUGGCAAAGCCAAAGAAGUUGAAGUACAACAAAAUGGCAUAACCAAACAGCCAAGAACAUCAGAGGCAAACGCUCAAAGAGCUCACGCCAGAAAAGAUGAAGAUGAUGGCAUGGGCGAAUUUGAAGAUCCAUUCGAGGACGAAUUUGAAGAAGAAAGCGAGGCAGGAAGUGAAGAUGGAGAAGGAAUGGAAAUUGACGGCGUCAAGGUUGAUGGUGAAAUCCAAAGACCUGAAGGUGAUGAUGACGAAGAACAAGAGCCAGAGACAAAAGUGUACAUUCCCGGUGUUGGAGAAGCACUACCCGAAGGUCAACAGCUAGAGCCUGAUCAGUCGGCAUAUGAGAUGCUACAUCGUCUCAAUGUUACAUGGCCUUGUCUUUCGUUUGAUAUUCUACAGGACCAUCUUGGGUCUACAAGCAGACGGUAUCCCCAUUCUGCAUACUUUGUUGCAGGAACGCAAGCCGAUACUGCCAAGAACAACGAGCUCAUGGUCAUGAAAGCUAGUGCUUUACACAAAACACAGAAAGAUGGAGAUGAUGAGGACGAUGACGAAGAAGAUGACGACGACGAUGACAACUUGGAUGAUGAUGCAAUCUUAGAAUACAAAUCAAUACCACAUCUCGGAGGGAUAAAUAGAGUGCGUGCUGCUCCAGUGGCUGCACCUACUGUCUCUUCUGAGCCAAGCUUGGACCCAUACCCAGUCGCAACUUGGUCAGAGCUCGGUCAAGUGGAUAUCUGGGAUGUCAGACCGUUGUUCAAUGCUCUAGAUAGACCUGGAAGCAGCACAUUUGACCGUAAAGGAUACAAGCCUAUGCAUACCGUCAAAUCUCAUUCUAUUGAAGGAUAUGCAAUGGAUUGGGCCGGAUCGGGAGGCGGUGCAUCUGGAAGAGCAUCAUCUCUGAGAUUGCUAACAGGAGACUGUCACAGCAAGAUCUUCCUCACAACAUCCUCGCAGGCUGGAUUCACCACUCAUCCCAAUGCUUUCCUAAGCCAUACAUCUUCUGUGGAAGAUCUACAAUGGUCUCCAAAAGAACCAACCGUGUUCGCAAGUUGCAGUGCUGAUAAGAGUGUUCGCAUUUGGGAUGUUCGGGUGAAGAGCAAGAAGAGUGUGAUCAAUGUGGAAGAUGCACACGAUCAAGAUGUCAACGUGAUCAGCUGGAACAAGACCACAGACUACUUGCUUCUGUCUGGAGGCGAUGAAGGAUGUGUCAAGGUUUGGGAUUUGAGAAACUUCAAGCCUGCCACUGCGGGUUCAACGCAGGCUGAGAAGCCUUCUGCCGUUGCCUCAUUCCAAUGGCAUACAGCACCCAUCUCAAGUGUUGAGUGGCAUCCAACAGAAGAUUCCGUCUUUGCUGCAAGUGGACGAGAUGGUCAAGUCACACUUUGGGAUCUGUCUGUGGAAGAAGAUGAAGAAGAGGCAGCUGCAAGAGAAUCCUACAAAGGACCAGAUGGAAAAGAUGUUCCCCAUCAACUGCUCUUCUGUCAUCAAGGUGCAAGUGAAAUCAAAGAAGUUCAUUGGCAUCCUCAAAUUAGUGGAAUGCUCAUCAGUACAAGUGCUGAUGGAUUCCAUUUGUUCAAAACCAUCUCUGUAUAAUAUCAUUUCAGUGCUUAUUUUUAAUGUAUACCGCAUGCUUACUCAUUUGAGUCGCAUCUUUUAUCACGGAA